AUGAGAUACUCACUGUGCCUCUCCGCCCUUGUGGCUGCAGUUACCGCAAUUGCUCUGCCCCAAGUCUCCCAGAUAAGCGAUGGCCAAAUCCAAGCUCCAAGCGCUGUCCAGCAAAUUUCAGACGGUCAACUGCAGAAGCCAACGGCCUCUGCCUCCCCUGUCACUCAGAUCGGUGACGGCCAGAUCCAAGCACCAACAGGUGCCCCCGUCUCCCAGAUUGGUGAUGGACAAAUUCAGGCACCCUCCCCAGUGACUCAGAUCGCCGACGGUCAGAUCCAGGCCCCAACUGGCGCACCUGUCUCCCAAAUUGGCGACGGUCAGAUCCAGGCCCCAACUGGCGCACCUGUCUCUCAGAUUGGCGACGGUCAGAUCCAGGCCCCAACUGGCGGAUCCCCAGUCACCCAAAUUGGCGACGGUCAGAUCCAGGCCCCCACUGGCGCACCUGUCUCCCAAAUCGCAGAUGGUCAGAUCCAGGCCCCCACUGGCGGAUCCCCGGUCACCCAAAUUGGCGACGGUCAGAUCCAGGCCCCCACUGGCGCACCUGUCUCCCAAAUCGCAGAUGGUCAGAUCCAGGCUCCUACCGGCUCGCCAGUCACGCAGAUAGCAGAUGGCCAGAUCCAGGCGCCUACCGGCUCGCCAAUAGCGGACGGCCAGAUCCAGGCGCCUACCGGCUCACCAGUUACGCAGAUAGCGGACGGCCAGAUCCAGGCYCCUGCGGAUGGACAGAUGCAAAAGCCAGCUGCGCACGGUUCGGCAUACAUGCCACCCUCUGGCUAUGGCUGCUACGAUCCAGUCGGAGGUCCUGCCGGUCCUCAAGUGCCGUUCAAGUUCCCUCUCGACAACGGCUUCCCCAACAUUAAGGUUCCAUCCGCCGAGCUCACGGCUAUUCAGAAGCAGGCACACGGUAGCCUUCCAAACGGCGCUCUUCCAAAGCAGCUUUCUGAUGCUUCUGCUACCAACUUCCAGCUGAUUGCGUUCAACGAGAUCUUCGAGGUUGCCUACUUCACUUCCCUGCUCAAGAACAUCACCAGUGGAGAGUUCGAUGCCGGCACUGGAGCCGCAAAGGAAUUUGUUGUCCAGAGCAUCGCUGCCAUCCAGGCGCAGGAGGAGCUCCAUGCUCUUGGCGCCAAUGCUAUUCUUGCCUCUGCUGGACGUACCCCUGUCUUGCCUUGCGAGUACAAGUUCCCCGCGACCGACUUCGACACCGCUAUUGCCACCGCUUCGCUUUUCACAGAUGUUGUUCUCGGCACCCUUCAGGCUGCUCAGAACACCUUCGCUAGCACCGGCGAUGAUGCUGUUGUUGGUCUCAUCGGCUCUGUUAUCGGACAGGAGGGUGAGCAGAAUGGAUACUAUCGAGCUUCAGGAAAGAAGAUUCCCUCCGCCCUUCCAUUCUUGACUGGUGGAUCCGGUGCCUUCGCCUUCUCCGCCCUGAACCAGCUCUUCGUUGUCCCAGGCACCUGCGGCAACCUUGAGGACAUCAAGAUUCCCAUCCUCCAGCCAUUGACUGUCGUUACUCCUCCAACUGCAGCCGACUCGGAUGUCACGUAUUCCUACCCACUCGAUCCAUCAAUCAAGGAUCCAUCUGGCCUUCGUCUCGUCUUGAUCAACCAGCAGAACGCUCCGAUCGUACAGGAGCUCGAGAACCUCAAGCUUGAAGGCAACACUGUCACCUUCACCUCACCAUUCCCUUACACGAACGCAACCCUCAACGGCUUGACCAUCGCUGCAGUCACCAACGGGAAGACCUCGUUCGCCACCCCCGAUGAGGUUGCCGCCGCUGCAGUUUGGGGCCCAGGUCUCAUCGAGGUCAACUAG